CAAUGUCAUCUAAACAGCUGAUUCUUGUUUGUGUGUUUAAUAUAAGUGCAUCAUUUAUUGAAGCAAAAAUCCCUUAAUUACUGGUCUGGAUAAGGAUAAUAAUCAAUAGUAGUAUUAGUACUCAUUUUUGUGUCCAUAUUAGGCAAUUCUUGGCAACUCAGCAGCCACUAUGGGUUGUGACGGCGGUACCAUCCCUAGAAGGGACGAACUGGUCAAAGUAAAAAAGAAACCCGAACAAAAAGACAAAGACGCCGAACUGGCCGCUCUUUGGAAAUGUUGCGCCAUAACCCAAGACGUACUUCAGGAACCGAUAGUCACAUGCCACCUGGGCAAACUUUACAACAAAAUGUCCGUGAUCGAAUCACUGUUGGACAGAACCAACAUGCCCCCGCAAUUCAGGCAUAUUAAAAGCCUAAAAGACGUGAAACUCUUAAAACUCACAAAAAACCCGGAAUUUAAGAGGGACGAGGAUAAAAAGGGCGGCAGCGUGGACCACAGGGGUUCCCCGUACAUCUGUCCAGUCCUAAGUCUGGAAAUGAGCGGGAAAUUCCGGUUCGUCGCCAUAUGGAACUGCGGCUGCGUGUUUUCCGAACGUGCCUACAAGGAAAUCGGCACCAAAAUAUGCCACAAGUGCACCGAACCCUUUGAGGAGGAGGACGUGGUGAUCCUCAACGGAACCACUGACGAGGAUCUGCAACUGAUGACCGACAGGAUGCAGAUCAGGCAGGCCAAGAAUAAAAAAAAGAAGAAGAUCAAAAGUGAACCCAGUGAGGAGGUACCAGCGUCUGGAUCAAAGAGACCUUUAGGGAAACAACAACAACAGCAGGGUGCACUAAAGAAACUCAAGAGCCUGUCGAAGAUCGGAAACGUCAUUUCCUCGGGAAAAGUGACGAAAAUGGAGGAGAUCAGGAAGAUGAGCGCGCAGUACAGCAUCGCCGACGACCAGAAGGCUUCGGACGUCUACAAGUCCCUGUUCACCAGUCACAAGUCGGAAAAGGAGCAGGACCGGGCGCAUUGGGUCACUUACAAUCCGUUUUAUAAUUAAUUCAAUAAAUUUGUCCCCUUAUCAACUUAUCAUCGAUUCAAUAACAAAUAAAUUUGAUAACGUUCAUUAAAACAGCGAGUGAUUAUGAUAACGUAAUAAAAUUGUUUUUUUUCUCCA